GGCUGAGGCCGGGGCGUGGCUUGGGAUUCGAGUGGCUCAGCGUCCGGUACCCGGAACGAGUGGCAGCUGCCCGUGUUUCUCUCCUCGCCCGGGCACGGCUGGGGGACGGACUGGCUGGUGUCAUGGCGCUGGCGCAGUCUGUCCGCCGCGGUUUCCCCUGCGUGGGGAGGCUGCUCCGGUGGCAGGCCGGAGGCGCGACGUGCAGCCGGCGGGGCUGGGCUGAGGUGCUUACAAAAGCCCUUCAAAGGGGGGUUGUGCUUUCAACAGGGUCCCUCUUGGUUUAUGAAGCUCACGGGCUGACUUCUGGCUUUGCUGAGGUUCAUGCAAGCUUCAAAGUGGAAGAAGUUAUAGAGCAAGCAGACUACCUGUAUGGGAGUGGAGAAACCGAAAAGCUGUAUCGCUUGCUGGUCCAGCAUAAAAAUAGUGAUGAUGCAGAUUUGUUAUGGCGGCUGGCACGAGCAUCACGAGAUCUAGCUCAGCUUAGUAGUACUUCUGCAGAGGAGAAAAAAAAACUGGCAUAUGAAGCCUUUGAGUAUGCAAAAAAAGCACUUGAAAAAAAUGAAUCGAAUUCUGCAGCACACAAGUGGUAUGGAAUUUGCCUCAGUGAUGUUGGAGAUUUUGAAGGAAUCAAGACUAAAAUUGGCAAUGCCUUUAUUAUCAAAGACCACUUUGAGAGAGCCAUUGAACUGAAUCCAAAAGAUGCUACAACAAUUCAUCUCAUAGGCAUUUGGUGUUACUCCUUUGCUGAAAUGCCAUGGUACCAGAGAAAAAUAGCUGCAACGCUAUUUGCCACACCACCAACCUCCACAUUUCAAGAGGCUCUUCGUUACUUCCACAUGGCAGAAGAAGCUGACCCAAAUUUCUACAGCAAAAAUUUGCUCUAUUUAGGAAAGACAUACUUGAAGUUAAACAAUAAAAAGCUGGCUCUCCUGUGGUUAAGCAAAGCAAAGGACUAUCCUGCACAUACAGAGGAGGACAAACAGGUACAGAAAGAAGCUUUGGAGUUGCUUAAUUCUAUAUAACAUGAAACAAGAUAACAGGAAUUCAGUGCCUCAGGUUUAAGCAGCAUAGGAAGAAGACCCCAAAUACCAUGUUUGUUUACUGAAACUGUUAAUAAAAGCAUAGACUAAA